AUGCAAAAACUUCUUCGUGAAGGUAUUUUUAGCUCUUGUUGCCCGCAAUACUGGCAGAGUAAAACUAAAAGACACGACAGUCAAGUAUCGCGAAGUGAUUGCGCGGCAUCAAGCCUCCAAUCCGCGCUGUACAAAUGCACAAAGAUUCAUACCGCAUACUAUAACAAUGUUAAGGCUCAUUUUGACCAGAAAUUUCGUACGCUACUAAACAAGCUCUUCAAAAAGGAAGAAAAAUCGCGUAGUCUUCGAGAGAGAAUGGAAAAGAAAGGAUUAUCCAAAAAAGCCGUACAAGAAGCCUGCAAAAAAGAAGUGUAUGGUCCUUGUAACCGAAUGAAGCUUUUGGUAACAAAAAAAAAAGAACUACCUGGUUCAGAUCUAUUAGAUGAAAAAUCAAGGUCAUACAUACAAGCUUUGCUGUCAACAUAUCCGUCUAGUUAUACGUUUGAGAAAAACUCCAUAUACUAUGAUGUCGUAGCUCACCCCAAUAACCACUUCAAAGACUACUACAAGCUUGCCACUAUAUUAGAAGCUGAGAAUAUGAAAACAUUUAUAUGUUUCCCAAUAAGAACAGCCUUUAUUCCAUGUUACAUUACUUUGGACACCAAAAUUGUGCACUUACACAUAUUGAAAAAGAAAGGCGCGUAUACGAGCCAAAGCAAGUUUGAAACUUGGGGCGAUGUAGUUGACUUAGGCAAGAAAACAUUUAAAAGGCAAGGGCCCGAUAGACUUUUACGAUUUCAAGGCACAAUUGAAACGGAUGGUGUUGGCGUUUCUGUCGUCAAACAAGCUUUCGAUGUAGGUAGAAAACAACUCAAGGUUAAGGCCAAAGAUAAGGGAGUUGACAAUAAGGUGAUAGAUUACAUUGAAAGUAUCAAACCAGCAGAACUGAGGCAGAACGAAGGAAAAUAUGUUUUAAUGGAUCCUGAUAGGCGUGAUUUGCUGUUUUGUACAAAAGAAACAAGCACGAGAGAGAAACCAGAGGUUCUUAUAUACACAAAAAUGACAAGGAGCAAGCUAGUGAGACAUAGUAGAAUCUUAAGAAAGAUGAAUAUGCCUGAAAUGGUCAAGGAAGCCGAACGCGUCUUAUCCAAGACUAAAUCUUCCUCAGUUGACUUUGAAAAGUUCAAAGAUUAUAUUAAAGCAAGAGCUUCUGUAACAUCAGUAUUAGAGGAGUAUUAUGGGAAUGAAACUUUGAGGACUACAAAAACAUAUUUUCCCGAUUCUGUAACCAACUUUUCCAUACAAGGCAAAGGACUUUUAUAUUUUGGGGAGUUAUUUGUAACGAAAAUUCGAGGAUGCUAUCCUCAAAACAAAAACCCCAUUGACAGUUCAACUAGUCUACACUUAUAUGCGACUUAUUUGAAAAUAAUGAUAAACCAAAAGCAUGUUGCGCGACGUUUGGAUUCAAGAGAAAAGGAUUCAUUGAUUAAAAUUAUCCAAAGAAUGCUCAACAGCAAUGAUGAAAGCAACGACUUGAAACAGCUUGUUAGCAAACAGCUAGAAAAUAUUCUUGUAAUUGCAAACUGGUCAGCUCCAAACAUAAAGUACCAAGAACCGACCAGAAACAAGGGGUUGAUUAGCAUGUUAAAGAAGAAUGACUUUGAAGUUUAUCUUAUUGAUGAAUUUCGAACAUCUUCCUUUUGCCCUGAUUGCGAAAGUUCUUUAGAAAAUUUCAAGGAAAUCAAGAACCCACGUCCAUACAUGCGCAAAGAAACGCCAACAGUCAUCUGUCAUAUGCUGCUUAGGAAACUCUGGAAUAGAGAUUUGGCUGCAACCCUUAAUUUCAAGAAAAUCUUGAUAAGCCUUCGGAAUGGCAAGCGAAAUUCAUUAUUCGCUCGUCAAAAACAACAACAAUAA